CGUAAACAACAAAUCCAAAGAAGAAAAUCCGGGAAAAAUAUCAAAAACUCAGUCUCAGUCGUUCGUAAAAAUGUUCCUUUACUUCCUGAGUUACUUGUCGCUGCUCUUACAAGUGAGUUUCAUCACUCUCUCGAUCGCUGCCGGGCUUUACUACCUCGCCGAAUUAACGGAAGAAUAUACAGUCGUGGCAAAAAAAAUCAUAAAAUGCCUCACAAUCUUCACUUGUGUCGUUUACGUGCUCCUCAUGCUGUUCGAGGAUCUCUCAUGGAGCAUAAUAAUCUUCGGACUUGCCGCUCAAGCAGCGCAUUUUCUCAUUCUUGCCGAAUUCCCGUUCGUACAAUUCGUUUCUGUGCCAUUUUUGGGCGCCGUAACACUUUGGCUGCUAAAUCACUAUUUAGCAUUUAGCUUUUUCCGUGCCAGUUAUUAUCCGUUAUCCGAGAUGUUGGCGUACUUUACGAUUUGUCUGUGGACUGUGCCUUUUGCACUUUUUGUGUCGUUGGGAGCGAAUGACAACGUUCUGCCCAUGCAAAAUGAGCGACAGCGCUUCAACGACAAUGAUGUAGUAACGAAUUAUUUGUCGAGCAAGAAAAAAGUUGGACUUUUAUCGUUGUUUCAAUACGCGAAAGAGACGUUUUUACCCGGAAGUGGUAAAAAAAUAUUCUAAAAAUUACUUUUUCGAGUGUAAAAUUUUUCUGUGUAGAAAUAAUUUAUUUUUUUCUUCUAUCAAACUCUUA